GAUGGACAUCGGUUUCCAGGGGAGGGCACUGCUAGUUCGACAGGUUUAUCAGCGUGACGUGACUGGAAGGCAAAUAAAAGUUUAUCAACUCUCCUUAACAACCAUAUAUGCUAGCCAUAUGCAGGCAUCCCAACUUUGCCAGUCCACUUAAACAAACGUCAAGGGUUGUGUUGUCGGCGCGCUUAAAGAUUCCUUAAAACCUUCCUCCCAAUGAAACCAUAACCUGCUCCAGCGUUUAUCACGCAACCCACUAGCAACAACGAGAUGAUGUUAGUAGAUGAUCGUGUCUGGGCUCUGUUCAAGGGACACUGGCAGCACACACUGACUUACUGGAGCGUGUUCUUCAGUUUCGGGCUGUGUAUCGCGUUCCUGGGGCCGACCAUCCUGGACCUGAGGUGUCAGACUCAGUCCACUCUGCAGGAGAUCACUUGGGUCUUCUUCGCCCAACAGCUCUUCCUCAUGCUGGGUAGCGCCCUGGGAGGACUCUUCAAGAAGACGCUCCGCUGCUCCCUCUCAGCUCUCUUCGUCUCCAGUCUUGUCAUCUCCGUGGUGUUUGCCAUCAUCCCACUUUGCCACCAUGUGCUGAUGCUGGCUGUUGCCAUGGCGAUAUCUGGCACGGCAAUGGGGGUGAUUGACACUAUCGCUAACCUGCAGCUGGUGAAGCUCUACCAGAAAGACUCAGCCAUUUUCCUACAGGUCCUGCAUUUCUUCAUAGGGCUGGGAGCGUUGGUCAGUCCCCUGGUAGCAGACCCAUUCCUGUCGGAGGGGAGUUGUGUUCUGGGGGGGAACAUGACAGCCAACUCCUCCACUGACCUCCAUCACCUCCGCAGCUACCUGGCAGGUAAGGGGACAACCCCUCUGCACAACGUAUCCCACCACUACCACCUCCACACAGAGGGCAUCAUCACCACCAAUGUGUCCUACGCAUUCUGGAUCAUGGCUCUUAUCAAUCUGCCUGUACCAGUAGCAGUGUAUGUGUUGAUGUAUCGUGAGAGGCUGUUCCCCUGCUCGAACCACAGCCCACGUCUACUGGACAAGGAGAAAAACUCACAGAAGGACCACAAUAUCCAGGGUCACGGCGGUUUGUUUGGCUGCUGUAACUAUGCUGAUGUGAAGGAUCGCCCUGCCUCCUAUUUCCUCCUCUACAUUCUGGGCGGAGCCGUGCUCUUCAUCACUGACGGCAUAAUAGGUUCUUACACAGGAUUCAUUUACACCUACGCAGUGUCUCCUCCCCUCUCUCUGCCUCACAAGACGGCAGGCUGUCUGACCAGUGUGUUCUGGGCAUCUGUCACCGCGGGCAGACUGGCGUCUAUAUAUCUGUCAUACAGAUACACACAACAACAACUCAUCUCGGUCAGCCUGGCAGGGAUGAUGGUGGUGCAGUGUCUGCUGUUGAUCCUGUACUCCAGCCCUGUGUUCCUCUUCAUGGGGACGUGUGUGUUAGGCCUCUUCAUCAGCAGUGUGUUCCCCUGCAUGGUGGCCCUCACAGAAGACAUGGUCAACUAUAAAGGGUGUGCCACUACUGUCCUGGUGACCAGUGCUGGUACAGGAGAGAUGGUGCUGCAGCUUCUCACAGGACAGUUGAUCCACAGUAAAGGCAGUUAUAGUUUCAUGUUGGUUGGUAUGAUAUCAUCCUGCAUCGGAUUCACAGUAUUCCUGGGCCUAAUCUACAUCCAGCAUCUACACAGGAGCUCCCAAGCAGCCACUAGUAAGGAAAUCGCCAUGACAGAGAAGCCUUCAAGUGAGUAAUGGAGAGGCCGUGAGGAUGAAUCAACGAAAAGAGAGGACUGUUUAAACAAAUGACGGAAAAACAGAAAUGACCCAAAUGUUUAAAAUGGCUGGAGGAAAGACAGUCCAAUGUUAGACUUCAGUCCCUCUGCUCCUUUCAUCCAGCUCUCAACACCCAGACAAUCAAGUUAAACACAAAGACUACCCCCCCAGAUCAAACAAACUGAUUGAUUCAGCUGGCCUUACAUACCAAAUACAUCUUCCAAUUUAUCAUUCUAAGCAGUAUUUGAGUGGAGACAGUAUUGUAUGUUUUUCAACUGGGAAAUGUUUUAUGCACUACCUGGAGAGUAGAUGUUAACUUGUUCAUGUCUUUUUAAAUGCUCUCUGACCCAUGACACAGUGUAAAGCCAUGAACAGGUGGAGACCAAAGCUUCCUCCAUUGGCAUGCUGUUUAUUCAAACUCAACGGCAGCUGGUGUCCUGCUGGAUCCUUACUGCUCCAUGUCUUAUAGAUCUUUCAUGUAGACAGUGACCCGUGUGACUCCAGUGGAGUGGUCACAUGAGGACAGAUGGUGUUGCUAUGUGAGCAAGGUGUGGUGGUUAGUUACCUCGUAAAACUCACUAGAUUAGGAAAACAAGUCUUGUGGGGACAUACUUCCAAAUCUAGUCUUCAGAGGCUAAGGAACAGACAAACAGGGUGACUAGAGCAAGGUUUUUUUAAUAGUCUUCUGUUAAACGUUUCCUAUUUCACCUCAAACACAAACAGCUUGUAAACAUUUGAAAAGCAUUGAACAAAUAAUUUACAGAAGUGAACAAAACAAGAACGAUAGAAGCAAAUGUACUGGUUUUAUAAUUGAAUUGUGAUUCAAAUAAAAACAAUUGUUAAAAUGUAAAA